AUGUCGCCAACGUUUGCUCUUUUCAUUCUUGGACUCGCUGCUUCUACUGUGAGCGCUGUCAAAAUCGGAGACGACUGCGACCUCGGAAACCGUCGCCGUAUCGGCAAAGGAAGCUACUAUGAGGAGUGCGUGAGCAAGUUCGAAACCGCGGGAUGUUUCGCAAGCUGGGAACAGGAUGCUCAGGCUCAAUUCGUUAAGCACGGAGAGACUAUUGACCGCAUGUACAAGAACAACGCUGUCGGAUUCCGUUACAAGUGUGAAAUGAGCAACGGAUACAUCUCGUUCGCACCAAUCGGAUGUGUGCUCAACAAAAAGGAUGGUCUUGCACUUCUUGAGCUCAACGCCAGCGGUCAACUCGACAACGGACAAAACGUCAAGUGCAAGCAGAACAACGAAGGAGAAUUUAGUUUCGAAUUCGGAUCCGAAGCCCCACAACAGAACAACUAA